CGGCUGGCAGCACUGCGGCGGGGGGCAGCAGUAGUAACGACACGGUCCGGUGCCACACGGCAGGAUCGGCGGACAAGUCGGGCAAAAUGUACACGCACACAUUUUUGUUUAUAAAGUAUUAGUUUCGACCCAUGCGUGUGUACGGGCGCGCCGUGCGGUGCGUGCUACCCGUACACGACGAAGCCAUGCGUGCACUCGCGGAACGACCUGCGGCCGUGCUCCGUGUGCCCUGGGGGAGGGUGCUCGCCGUGCCCGGCGCCCGUGCGCCCGUGUCCGGAACCGUGCCCGCCGUGCCCCGUGCUGCCGUGUUUGCCACCGUGUCCUCCGUGCGACAAGGUAUACCCACCAGUUCCCGUACCGCCCAACAUCUGCCCGUCCGUGGCUAUCCCGUGCUGCCGGCCCAACCGCUGCAAGCCGUGCCCCUGCUACUGCUGCCAAGGGCCCGGCUGCUGCAUCCCUAAACGCUGCAGCUACCCUGGCGCGCCCGUCUGCUGCGGCUGCAAAGGCCCUUGCAUGCCUAUCUGGUAGGACGGCAAUUCUAUAGGGCCAAAUCUAUUGCGAAGCCUAUCUGGUAGGACGCAAAAUGUGUACUAGCCCUGCAGGGCCCUGGGCUGUUAUGAAUAUUUUAUAAGACGACAGUCCGCGGUAGAAGGGCCGUCAAUGUUUUGUAGGAGUCAGUAUCUAAAGUAUAUAUAUUGUAAAGUAUUUUGAUAAAAAGUGUUGUA